UUCUGAAUGCCAUCCUCUGAUACGAUUCACUUGUAUUUUCUAGAUAUAAGUGCACACAGAACCAUAGGACAGCAGGGUCAAGUUGUAUCGCUGCUGCAAAAAUCGAUCAUCCCUCGGACCCUGAAUUCGGCUAUUGGUUUUCUUCAUUCUCGGCAGAAAUAGUCACUUUAUCUAUUAAUGGAUUCUGUGCUACCUAGCCUGGCGGAAUCAUAUCGAUCAUCAUGGUUGCACCUUCUUUUAGAAACAAGAUGUCCUCCGCAUACCCGCCGCGAGCCGCAGGUGAGACGUCGCCACAGCUCAGAGACUGUGAUUGGCCGGAAUGGGUUUAAUGAUGGAAGCCGUUGUCUUGUCGACAUUUUUGAGACACGGAUUUGCGAGCUUUCUGCCUCCUCAUUUUGGAAAGCUUCGGGAUCCAGAGCAGCCGCCUCGCCGCCGCCUCAGAAACCAUGUCUCCAAAGCAACUACAGGCGCGGAUAGCCUAGGCAAGCGGCUUAGCAAGGCCGGAACAUAGGGCCACUGUCAGCGCCCGAGAGGAUGGCGCAGCUUGGUCAAAUUUCAUUCCAUCGAUUAAGCCACGUGCAUUAUUUUGGCCGUCGUGGGUGCUGAGAAUGCAAUGGCCCGUACAAGUUGACCUAGGCCAGCGAGGCUUGACACACAGAAUUAAGCGAGGGCAGCAAUUGGCAUACGCCUACAUGGACGACAGCCGUCUUGUCCAGUAUAAAACGCAUAUUAACACUUCAUCGCCUGACCGGUAUCGGACGGCCUAGAAUGCAGCUUGGUCUGCAUAAGCUGCAGAUGUUGCGGCUCAAGAAGGUAUAAGCUGCAGAACGAGUGACUAGGAUGUCGCUGUCAAUAACGUAAUGGUGGAAAGUGGCGUAUUUCAGGACGGGAUGUGGUCGGCCCAGAGCCUUGAUCUGCGCAAGGCUGGGAAAAUUGCCAUUCUUGGCCUUGGUCGACCGACAUAGAAUUGCCUCGGAUGAAACUACGAGCAAAACACUACCAGACAAAGACUACUUACUUUGUACCGUUAGUACUGCAGCAGAGGGGGACACAUUGCGACCAUAUUGUAUCUCCCAUCACCUGUUCCCCACGCGGCGCCCCGAAUCGAGCGCUAACAACAACAAUGACUUGCGCCCUGAAGCUAGCUAGGGUAUUAUACUGGGGGUCCCUUCCCCAAAUCGGCAGGUCGCUUUGCACAUCAGCCUUGCUAGUCCCCUUUUCCCCUCAAACUCUGAGCAGAAUAUACCACCCGCUCCCCCCACCGGAACUUGGCCAUGACAAGGGACUCCGCACUACUACCCCAUGCUUCCCAUGUGUAAUUUUGCCUGGAGCUACGGGAGAAGUUCUGCGCCAUGUCCAUGUUGGGCAGGUGGGCAAGUUUCUGUUACGUUGAGGGCCUUGGCCGGUGGGAGAAAUAAAGGUGCUGCGCUGCCUCUGGUAGACAGAUUCUGAGAUGGAAGAGACUCAAGGAUACUAACCAAAGGAGAUCAACUAUGGUUCGCUGUGGCUCUCUUUUUUCGCUGCUUGCCGCUGCCAGUGUCGCCACUGUUGCGUCCGCUACUAGUCAAGUGGUACCUGGCGCCUUUCUUUUAGAGCUUGAAGAUGGCCAUGACGCCACGGCUCUGAAGCAGGCAAUCAAGGAUGACGGUGACGUCCGUGUCGAGCUGGACUACAAACUCUUCAAAGGCGCAUCUGUUCAAUUCAACGAUCUGAAGAGUGCUCCUGAAGCUGCCGACAAAAUCGCGAGCUUGCCCAGCGUGAAGAGCGUAUGGCCGGUGAGAGUGUACGGACUUCCUGUCAUUGAAGGUCAACAGGCUGGCAAGUCUUCUCCAGUAAAUCUAGGGGGGCUCAGUGCCCGUGAUGACAAGGACACAUAUUCCACCCAUGUGCAAACACAAAUCGACAAGAUGCACAACAUGGGCAUCAAGGGAACCAAAGACACCAAGGUUGCCAUUCUUGAUACCGGAAUCGAUUACAAGCACCCUGCCCUGGGAGGCUGCUUCGGCCCUGGCUGCCUCGUUGGAUUUGGCACUGAUUUAGUCGGCGACGAUUACACCGGCUUCAACACUCCCCAACCUGACGCCGACCCAAUGGACUGCGGCGGCCACGGCUCCCAUGUCGCUGGUAUCAUUGCUGCCCAGCCUAACGAAUAUGGCGUCCUUGGCGCUGCUCCCAACGUAACAAUGGGAAUCUACCGUGUUUUUGGAUGUUCUGGUCUCGUCAGCAACGAUGUGCUACUGUCUGCUAUGAACAAAGCUUUUGAGGACGGUGCAACCAUUAUUAGCGCCUCUAUUGUCGUUGCAAAUGGCUGGUCCGAGGAUCCCCUCGCUGUUGUUGCUAGCCGCAUCUCCGAGGCCGGUGUUCCCGUUCUCUACUCUCAAGGAAACGACGGUGACCACGGCUUGUUUUACAACAGCAACUCUGCUGAUGGCAAGUCUGUUAUUGCGGUUGCUGCCUUUGACAACAGCCUCUACCCUGGCUUCGAGUUCGAAUCAAAGUACGCUAUUGACGGUGGAGACAAGCAGCCCUUCCGCUUCGUCUUUGGUCUUGAAAAUGCUUGGGAUCUCACGCUUCCUCUCUGGGCUACGUCUUUGGAUUCAACAAUUGCAAAUGACGCCUGCAACCCUCUCCCGGAUAAUACUCCCGAUCUCAGCAACAACAUUGUCUUAGUCCGCCGUGGAGGGUGUCUGUUUGUCGACAAAUUCACGAACUUGGCCAAGAAGGGUGCCAGAUACGUUUUGUUCUACCAGAAUGCCGAAGCUCCCAUCUUUGCCCCGACGUUUGCGCCAGAGCCAACACAGCUCAAGGCUGCAGGCAUGAUUCCUGCUGCGGCUGGUGUUACUCUUGUCAGUGCCCUGAAGAGCGGCAAGAAGGUUACCAUGUACAUGGAGGGCCCUGCGACGGCCAAGUCAUACACUUACAGCACCCCCAACAACAUCACUGCCGGAGCUUUGAGCAGCUUCACAUCUUGGGGACCCAACUGGGAAAUGGAUAUGAAGCCUCAGUAUGGCGCUAUUGGCGGCAAUGUCCUCUCCACCAUCCCGCGAAGCCAGGGAAGCUACGGUGUCAAGUCCGGAACUUCCAUGUCCUGCCCUCAGGCUGCUGGUAUGCUCGCCCUUCUGCGACAGGUCCGUGGCCCAAUGGAUAUCGAGUCCAUCAACAACCUUUUUGCUGCCACCUCAAAGCCGCAGCUCUUCAAUGACAACACCAAAUUCUAUGACAAGCUAGCUUCGGUUGCCCAGCAGGGUGCUGGCCUGAUGCAAAUAUACGAUGCUGCGUUCACCAAGACGCUCUUGCAGCCAUCUGGUCUUGUAUUCAACGACACAAAGCACUACACUCCCUCGCUGAACUUCACCAUCAGCAACACUGGUGACUCUAGUGUGUCUUACAAGAUUGGAAAUGUCCCUGCCAUGACAUUCUACACCCUUGGAGCCGAUGGCGUCAGCCCUAUGAUGUUCCCUAACGAUGCUGUUAACUCAUAUGCCUCUGUCAAAUUCAGCCAAGACUCUUUGACGUUGGAGGCCGGCCACCGUGCUGUUCUUUCCGUCUCUGCAACGCCCCCUGUCGGCAUUGAUCUGAAGCGCCUGGCUCUCUGGUCAGGAUUUGUCACCGUCAAUGGAACUGACGGUAGUGCCUUGUCCAUCCCAUACCAAGGCUUGUCUGGAUCGUUGCAGGAACAUGCGGUUAUUCUUAGCGGACAGAGUUGGAUUUCAAACUCGACGGACGCCAAGUUCAACCCAGUUGCUGAAAACACAACUUUUAUCCUACCUCCUCCUGGUACUGCCGACGCCAAUGCCGUCCUUCCUCAGAUAACCUUCAACCUCAACUUGGGUUCUCCUUAUCUCCGUGUUGACCUGACCCCCAUGACUACCUGCCCACCGAAGAACCUCACCACUCAAUACAAGGACAUCAAGACUAUUGGCCAGCCAUUUGGAACCCCUUACAGCUACCUUCCCCGUGGCAUCUCGUCUGUCGUUUGGGACGGCAAGCUCAAGGACAACGGUGCCUACGCUCCCGCUGGAAAGUACAAGGCUGCCAUUAGAGCCUUGCGAAUCUUUGGCAACCCUGAUAAUGAUGCUGACUGGGAUGUUGUUUCUACUCCUCGUUUCGUUAUCAAGUACAAGAAAUGAGCAAUUUCUCUCCUAGAUGGGCCAUAGUGAUAUUCAGAACAUUCAUGUUAAAUUAUCCUUCUUUUCUUGCCAAUAUUAAUAUACUUUUGAUUUUUUAUCACUAUAGUAAGUAAACAAAACUUAUUUUUGUUAAUCUUUCAAGUAUUCUUUAAUAUAUAUUUUAAAAUUAC